GCCCGUGAUAGUCCGCGAUACACUUCAGUCGCGUUGGUGGCUGCAUGCGAUUUGACGUAUUCUGCGCGCAGUGAUGUCACUUGUCAGCGUAUUUUAUGAAAUGUCAAAUGUUUUUAAUGUAAUUCGCGUGUGAAUGGUAAACAAAUUGACAGUGAAAUUGAUUUCAUAUUGAUGCAGUGAUUCUCAUAACGAGUGACAUGGACUGUUAUUAUUCGAAAUUUUAUCCCAGUCGUAAGUGACAAAUGGAAAAUUUACAACGGUGAUUCGUUCGUUCAUGAUGCAUCCAGCAGGAUACUACGCUAAUCUUGCGAGCGGCGCGCUCGCAGCCGGCACCAUUGCGUCCCCGUGGAGCACGGCGGCCGGCGCGCCCGACACCAACGGCUCGGGCGGUGCCGACGCCAAGCACCUCGACGUUGGUGAUGCUAGUGACGAUGAAAAGGACUUGUCAGCGGCAGACGCGGAGGGAGUAUGGAGUCCGGAUAUCGAGCAGAGCUUUCAAGAAGCGUUGGCAAUAUACCCACCGUGUGGUCGCCGCAAGAUAAUACUGUCGGACGAGGGCAAGAUGUACGGAAGAAACGAGCUAAUAGCAAGAUAUAUUAAGCUAAGGACAGGAAAAACCCGCACAAGAAAACAAGUUUCGUCUCACAUACAGGUGCUAGCGAGGCGAAAACUACGGGAAAUUCAGGCGAAAUUGAAAGUGGACGGUGGUGUGAUGAAGGAAAAGGCCAUGCAGUCGAUGAGCACUCUGUCUAGCGCUCAGAUCGUAGCAGGGUUGCCGCAUCCCGCGUAUCAUCACACGCAAUUUUGGCAACCAGGCUUACAAGCUGGUACCUCUCAUGAUGUGAAACCUUUCCCCGCCGCCGGCUACAAGGGUGUCCCUGGAGUCCCCGGUGUCGGCGUGCCAAGUGGUACGGACGUAGCGCCACCACCUCCCUGGGAGGACAGAGCUAUCGCCACACACAAACUUAGACUUGUGGAAUUCUCUGCCUUCGUUGACCACAGGGACCCAGACACAUUUACAGCGUCAGCACAACAUCUGUUUGUACAUAUAGGUGGUACGGUCACAUAUGCAGAUCCCUUAUUAGAGUCUGUAGACGUGCAACAGAUAAACGACAAAUUCCCAGAGAAGAAAGGCGGCUUGAAGGAGCUGUACGAAAAGGGACCGAGAAAUGCCUUCUUCCUCGUCAAAUUUUGGGCGGAUCUAAAUACAAAUAACUUGGACGACCCAAAUGCCUUCUAUGGUGUCACUAGUGUGUAUGAAAGCAACGAGAACAUGACAAUCACGUGUUCUACCAAAGUGUGCUCGUUCGGCAAACAAGUCGUGGAGAAGGUGGAAACGGAGUACGCCCGCUUCGAGAACGGCCGCUUCGUCUACCGCAUCCACCGGUCGCCCAUGUGCGAGUACAUGAUCAACUUUAUCCACAAGCUCAAGCACUUGCCCGAAAAGUACAUGAUGAACAGCGUUCUCGAGAACUUUACCAUAUUACAGGUGGUGUCGAACAGAGAUACUCAAGAGACGCUACUGUGCGCCGCGUUCGUAUUUGAAGUGUCGAACAGUGAGCACGGCGCUCAACACCACAUCUACAGGCUCGUGAAAGACUGAAUCAAACGCUCACUCCGCUCGCUCGCUGCCACCGCUUCUACCGCUCGUCACGUGCUCUGCGCGGUGUAAGCUGUGUGAGCGAUGCAAGCGAUAUAAGCGAUGUAAGCGGAUCGAGCGAUUAGUACACGGUCGCGACACGCGGUCGUGCCAUUCGAUUUCUAAGCACCUGGACACACUUCACACGUAGUCACACAGCGUGUGCAAUGUGGGCAGGCUUAGAAUCACACUAUCUAUUAGAGAUGGGUAAUAUCCGAUAUCUAUAUAUUGAGAUCUGGAUACUGAUGACCAACCAUUCCGAUACCGCCCAUACCAAUCGAAUAUCAAUAUUCAUUACGAGCGAGUUCUUUUCGAUAUUAUAUAUUGGAUAUCUAAUAUCUAAAAUAUCUGUUAUUGGGCCAAUAUAUGUUUAGAUAUUGUAACUAUCUUAUAUAUAAAUAUUGGUAUAUAUUACCCUUACUAUCUACACUCGAGUAGGUCUUCCGAUACGUUAUACGAGUGCUACUCUUAUUUCCAUCCGGCACGUUACUUUAUCAGAAAUUGAAGAGUCAUUAUCGAUAUAAUGAUUAUAAAUAGCAAAAUGUGAUCUGAAAAUUACGCUACAAGUAUUUUUGUAACUAAAUGUUUAUUGUAUAGCUCAAUUUUGAAUAUCUAAUGUAAAACAGAUGGUCGGGUCGUCACUUGUAGUCACGCGACAGCGUUUAGACAUUUCCGAUGUAUUUUCUAAUAAAACUAUCGGUUUCAUAUUAAAAUUUUCCUUUCGCCACGUUCAUUGAUGAGAGUAACAAUAAUAUUUUACAUAAUUCUUAUAAUACUGAAUAUAGUUCAGUAGUAAUCGUGUAAAAUAAUGUCAAAUAAGAGUAUAGAAAUGAAUACACGCAGUGCCUCUAAUUAUGUUACAUUAACAUAAAUUACUUGAGCAUAUUUAAUCUUUUCACUGGCUUAUUAAUAUAGAUAUAGUUAAACGAUAAGGAAGGUGUAACAGUGAAAAGAUUAAAACUUAGUGUAGGAUACCGAAUGAACAUAGUUUUAAUAAGUAUAGAUUUGUUAAGUAUUGUCUCUAGUAAACUUUAUCAGACGUUUUGUUAAAUGCUCGUGGUACAAUUUUAUAGUUUGCUUUUUUUUUAUUCACCUAAGAAUGCUCAAUAGAAUAUCUAUCUCUUAUUUUCAAGGGGAUAACACGGAAUUUAUUCUUUGAUUUCAACGUCUUAAUAACCUUGCCUUUUUCUAUUAUAUUGUUUAUAAGGAUUUUCUUUAUGUUUAUCAGAAAAAUGUCUUUGCCACAAUCAGUAUCUCAAAGUGUACCAACGUUUACUUGUAUAUAUAUACAUAAUAAUGUAUCUAUUUAUACAUUUAUAAAUAGUGUACAUUGUGUUCAGAUGAUCUGCCAGAUUUAUGGAUGUGUAAUAAAGUUGUAUUAUAUGAGAGAAAUAGGUUACAAUCGGUCACAAGGAUAUGUUAAUGACAAUAUCCGUCUUACGUUCUGUUCCAUUAAUUUCCAAACUAUCUUUGGCAGCUAUGUAUCCUUGAUUUUGACUUCAGUACUCCCUGUCCCUAUUGUUUCUCAUUUGUCGCCUCUCGACACCCGCACCUGUGCUAAAAUUUGGUUUUUAUGACAAUUACGAUUGCUAUGAAAUUUAUUUUCACACCUGAUUACAUAUAAACUUAGAGAAACGGGUGAAAAUUGUAAUAAAUGGGUCAUCUAGUGUGGGUAAAUUCCCCAAGUAGCAAACAAAUCCACCGAUAAACACGUCACCGCUACCACGUGCAUAAGUUAGAACGAGAUAACGUCAGACGUCUUGUUCUUAAACAUAUGUGUGCUAACGUCAACGUAUUUAUCGACAGAUUCCUUUAUCAAUUAGCAGGCAGGAGAUUUUUAAACAAAUCACAUCACACAUCUGAUCAAUAGCAAUUUCUUACCUGAAGAUGAAGUGUAACGCUUAGAACAUACUUUUUUUUCAUUACAAAGCAUAAAGUGCUUAUCUACAUUUUCCCCCACUUAUUGCCAGAUUUAGAUGCUAUUUCAUUAAUUUUAGCACCCAAUGAUACAUCUUCCGCCCCGCCAGUGUAUACUGUUAGCGCAGGCGGGGUUACCAUUCCAUUAUCAUCUAUCAAUGCUUUUAUGUAUGACUAUUUUAUGCAACCUAAUAGAAAGUAGUAAUCAUUGCCUAUAAACAUAUCAGCGCUCAAAGCACAAAGCGCUGAUCUACAUUUUUCCAUACUUAUUGCCAGAUUUAGACGCCAUUUCAUUCAUUUUUAGCACCUAAUACUUCAGCUAAGACUAUUAUUUUAUGCAACCUAAUGUAAAGUAAACAUAAACAGCACUAUAAUUGUUACACAUUGCACUGAGAUUUCAUAAUACACCUCAUGCUUUGCUAUUUCUAAACAAUUUUAACUUACUUUAAUAGUAUAAUAAUUCUUGUCAUAUUUAAUACGUAUCGUAUUUGUAUUAAAAACUUAAUUUGAGCACAGACCGUUCGCUUCACUACCACAAGGCCACCUUACUUUCACGUUUCAAAGUACAAAUGAGUGUGGACUGGACAUUACUCAAAACGGCCUGCCGGCUUAUACAAUAAGUUUACGUGGCAAUGAUUUGAUCUCUCUUUUAGUCAAAUAUAUUAAGGGUCCUCCCACGCGUACGGUGCGAGCCGCGCGCAAAUUUAAGUUUACUGUGUUAAGUUUAUGUGCAUUACAUAGUAUUUAGUUUCAAGACAUGAUGUAGGAAAAUAUUAUCUUAGUUAAUAAUAAGAGAUUUUUGUAUUUAUUUCAUAGAUUUAUAUUAGGUAAAUUGUAAAGUGAAUAGCUUUAAGAUUGAUUUCUUUUUUUUUUUUUAAAUAUGGCGAUGGUCGUUCAGAAAAUUUAUACAUAAAUAUGUCACAUAGUACUUAAGCGAUUGAACUUAAUUUUCGUUUGCAAUUAAUAAUUUUUCUCCAACAACUGUAUCGGACCUUCUGAAGGUGCUAAUUUUUAUUAAGAACCGAUUUCUAAAUUGAGUAUUUAUUCAUGGUAUAUUAUCAAUAUCAUCAUAGCUGCCGACUGUCCACUGAUUAACAUAGGCCUCCCCCAAAAGGAGGGUUUUGCCAGUAGUUACCACUCUUGGCAGCCAAAUUGGCAACCAGUUAACCAGCUUUGGCGAUGUUUUUAAGGAGACUGCUGCCUAUCACUCAACCAUUAGGUUUUCUUAGUCGUU